GCAAUAUUAUGUAACGCCAGCAGUACUUGUUACCCAAAGUUUUCUGAUCUUAUAAAUGGGCUUCUUGGUUUUGGAGAAUUGUAGAGAUGGUCAUGUGGAUUUGUUUGUCUGAGUUGAGUUAUGUUGAGGAGAAGAGAAGAGAUCAUCAGCUCGUGCUUCUCUCUUGCAAUUUUGGUGGGAGAGAAAAAUGGCAGAUAUGGAGUAAGAAAUCUCAUGUCUAGUACUGCCAAUGUCACCAACUCCUAAUUCAUGAUCAUCUCAGUUUUCAGGUCAUUGACUCUCUUUCUUUCUUGAUGACAUUUUCUUUUUCUUGAUUGUUUUUCACUCUGUAAUUUGUUCCUCAUUUGCAAAAUUAUCACUGUUAAUUCGAGAGUCAAUGUUUUCAUUUGAAAAUGUUAUAUAUUUUGUUGGGUAGGGGUUAAUUCCCUUUCAAUAUGUACUGAAAGCCGGAAUUCUCAAGGUGUUCUUGCCUCUUCAUCAAACAAUUGCUCAAUGAUGAAGAUUCCAUUGCCAAACAUGCAAUAGGAGCUUAAGGUUAUAUAUAUAUAUAUAUGUAUAGAUAGAGAAUGGAUUACUUGGGUGAUCAAGCUGGCUUAAUCUGCAAGGCUAAGUCCAUACUUUCGUCCCUCAGUGGAAUUUUGCUAUGGGUAUCAAGGUUACAUGAGCCAUCUCCGGUACACUCCCCAAAAGAUUUUCCAACCCAUAAUUGUGAUCUCCAACUUGGUUUCAAAACCCUAAUUUAUCUGGAAGCAAGGAGCCCUCGAGAUCCAAAUCAUUUUGUUGGCAUUGUUCAUUCCUACAUGAUAUCGUCGGCGUCGUCAUCAUAUUCAUCAGGAUUACCGUCUAUUUCGCAAUCGUUGCUCCGGUCGACCUCGACUAGUACUUCUUCGUCUAAUUUGUCUUCGAUAAUGUUGGACGAUUUGAUUGGAACAGAGAGUGGAGUUUACCUGAGCUCUAAUGAAGAUGAAAUAAAAGGAUUGGAGAAAUCGGAUGGGCGAAAACAUGAUCAUAAGCCGAAUCAACGGUACCGUGCUCAUGCAGGGACAAGAUCAAAUCAUUACCCGCCUCCAAUACCUCUGCUUGCACAGACAGGUAAUUUGCCCGGUCGGAUGCCUUGGGUGUUUACCAGACAUUAUGGAGAUGGAAAGCUCAUCCUUAAAGUUGAGAGAGUGAAGCAUCAUGAGUACUUGGAAGCACACAGGGAAAAUGGCCGGCUUAUCUUAAAUCUCGUACCCCUCGACGAGUACGUCGAAAGCGAAAAGGAGAUCAAUCACGAUGAUCAGGAGCUAGAACUGGAAGAUCUCCAUGAUCAUUUUGAAGACAAAGAGACAGAUCACGAAAAGAUACAUGAUGAUCAGCAGGAAGUCGAAUUAAUCCAAUAUCAAGAACCUGAAGUUGUUUACGACGACAAUUAUACACAUGUGGAUCAUGAUGAGAUUGUCGCGGAGGAGGAUUUGAUGAUGACUUCAUUAGCUUCUUCCAUUCCUGUCAAAAUAUGGUUGGAGAAUGGGAUCGUGAUCAGUAGUAAAAGAUAUGACGAAAGUCGCAGCUUACCUAAAAGUAGUACUACUUCUACAGAAAGAAGCGAAAAUCUGCGCAAGUGCUUCACCAAUAAUGCGGAUGUUUUCAUUAAUCCAAACGCAAUGCUGAUAUCCACGAAUGCUUUCGCGCAUGCUUAGCCGGCCGGCCAGGGUUCAGCUCAUCGAUCGGCCUGAUCAUCAUCCGAUGACUAAUAGAUAUUGUGUGUGUAUAUAUACGUACGUACUUUGUUAUUUUUCUUCGAUUUAUUAUAGCUCAUCAGAGGCUUAAUUUAUAUAUAUAUAUAUAUAUAUUAAUAUUUUGAGGUUGCAAAUUGUAUUUAUUUUUAAGUUAAUUGAAUAUUGUAUUUUCAA